AGGCUACGAACAUUUAUAAUUUUAUUAAUUUUUUCCAGUAUUUUUUAGAGAGUUACAUAAAACCCCCAGAGGUUAUUCUUUGCACAGAAGGUGUUUGAUUAAAUUCCGCUUAGAAUAUGAUUUGUCUUUAGCUGGGAGAAAUCUUCUGACUUUCGAUGCUUUACGAAUGUUACCUCGCAUGGCUGCUUUGAGUUCUCUCUCUUUUGUUCAGUUUAGAGUCUCUGACAUUCUCGGAACUCGUCUGAAACCUUAUCCCCAAUUUCCAAUUCGAAUAACAAAUAUGUCUGUGAAGCCGUUUGUGAUUGAAGCAAGAGGGAAUUCUCGAGUGGAGAGUCCAAAAACCAGGAACAGGAGGAGCAGGAAGAAGUUUAAUGGAACACAAACAAAACCAAGACUUUCAGUGUUCUGUUCAGAUAAACAACUCUAUGCUAUGUUGGUGGAUGACUUUAACAAAAAGUGUUUGUUCUACGCUAGUACAUUGCAGAAGUCCAUUCGUGGAGAUCCUCCAUGUACUGUCAUUGAAGCAGCAAAACGGGUUGGAGAAGAGAUCAUUAAGGCUUCUGUUGACCUCAAGAUUAACGAGAUAUCAGCUUAUGAUCGAAAUGGAAAUAAACGAGGCGAAAGAAUGCAAGCCUUUGAAAUUGCAAUUGCGCAACACGGGUUCUUACCGUAGUAGGUCGUUGAAACAGAGGCUAUCACACUUAGAGACUCACUAAGAGAAUCUCUCUCCGGAAACUUUGGAAACUUGAUCUUGGAAGCACAUGAUUUAUCCG